AUGGCCGGCAAAAAGGGCGAAAACAGCAAGAAGGUGGCCGGCAACGCAAAGAAAGCAGAGGCAGCCGCACAGAAAGCUGCUGCCGAGAACGCAAAGGCUGAAGCCGCCGAGUCAGCCGAAUGGUCAAAGGGUGCCAAGGGUACCGGGAAAAAGGAAGCGGAAGCGGCCAAGAAAGAAGAGGCUGCCCGCAAAAAGGCCGAGAAGGAGGCCCUGCUCAAGGAAGAGGAGGCCAAUACGCCCGGACGAAACGAGCCCAAGAAGACCAAAGCGCCCGUUAAGAAAUCGCGCGGUCUUGAUCUCGGACAGCUCGACGACAAUGGCAACAACGGCACGGCCUCGGCGCUGAACGCCUCAGGCAUCGACAACGCCCUGGAUGCGCUGUCUCUCACCGCAGCGAACGACGACGGCAAGGUCGACAAGCAUCCCGAACGACGAUACCCCGCCGCUUACGCCAAGUACGAGGAGCGCAGGCUAGCAGAGAUGAAGGCAGACGGCAGCGGAACGGGUCUGCGCCUUGACCAGCGCAAGACACGCAUCAGGAAGGAAUUCGACAAGCAUCCCGACAACCCCUUCAACCAGGUCACUGCAGCCUACAACGCCAAACGAGCAGACAUAGACGAAAUCAAACAGGCGGAGAGGGACAAGAUCGAGAAGCGCCUUGGAAAAUGA